GACAAAUCUGUGAUGACAAAUAAUGUCGCGAGACAGUUCAAAAUAUACAUCCUUUCUACAAUGAAAAAUGAUUUUAAAUUAUACCUGUUAGUGCUGUUAUUAUUUACUCAAGAGGUACGUACAAAAUCGAUUCCGUCCCAAGAAGACCAGAGGUUCUCUAAAAGAUCAGGCAAUGAAUCGGAUAACACGGAGCUUCAUGAAUACUACAAAUCUAAACACAAACCCAAAGCUGAGGAUGAUCAUAUAGAAGAAAAGAGACACUCCAGAUACGAAAAUUCAGAGUGGAGACCUCAGUGUGCAGUUAUAUAUAAAAAUAAUGAACCAGUAGGCAUUUUACAACCCUUCGAGGACGCUUUUAAAUUCAGACCCUUGAAUUUUGACGCAACAAUAGUCGAUCUCAACCCUAUACCAGCCAAAAGGAAAACCCUGAUGGAUGUUCUCUACCCAAGCAAAUUCGAAGAUGAUUCUGACGAAGAAAACGACGCAGACGAAAAGGUGGGUGUUAUCAACAAAAGAGAUGCUCAUACAGAUCGCAACUAUGCUUUAGCCUUAGCUAAAUUUAAGAUAAGUAGUAGAAUCGGCUUGAACAGAUUAUAUCGUAAAGCCCAACAGAAAAGAGAAAAGGAGGAAGCGGAUGAGGAACACUUAAGAUCCUUAAGGAAAGCUUUGAUGAAAAGGAAGACCGAUGCUAGCGAAGCGGUAGAAGUAGAACUUGCAGACAUCUUGAACGACAUGGGGUUGAUAGAUGAUUCUGAUUCUUCUGAAGAAAAACGAGAAGCUGAAGAUGAGAAUAUGGAAUCUGGUUCAAACGCCAUCAGUAUGGUGGAAGAUGAACCCAACUCAACAACUAAUAAAGCCGCAAAAGACAAAAGAGAUGAACUUGCAACACCUUCUUUUAAUGCAAGUACAGCAGCGUCAAGUUCACUUGAAUUAACCGAAGUAUCAGAUCUUAAAGAAGAUAAAGAAGAACAAAAAAGAGAAAUUACAGAAACAACCAAAACAACAAAGGUAACAGGUUCUAAAGAAGAGCAAAAAAGGGAAGCGGAAGGCUCAGUGUUGGAUAAACCAGAUGCUGAUGAAGUUAGUUUGUAUGAGAAAAGGGUUGAGAGAGAAAUUCGAGAUAAGAUACAGAAACUUAAAGAAGAAGUGAAGAAAGAGAUCGAUGCUUUAAAGUUGGCGAAAUCCAAAGGUUCUGACUCAAACAGAAAAAAGCGUGAAGUUGUUAACACUCUGCUAGACGAGGAAACACAAGAUAUUGAUCCGAUCGCAAACUAUGAUGGAGCUGAAAAGAAACAUGUGAGAAGGAAAAGAAGCGUCCACUCAAAGAAGGGAGGAGAUAAAGUUGAUAAAGGGUUGGUGGAAGCGAGGAAAAGGAGAUAUGUCAGUCCCCAACAAAAGAAAGAAGCAUAUAAACACACAGAGAAAAGUAAAGAAUACGAAGAUACAUCUUUGAUGCAAUCUAAAAAGAUAGCGAAGGAACGAAAUAUCCACUUUCUUGACGGUGUUAGGAAACCAGAACCAGAAUUACACUCAUCUGGAUUGAGGAAGAUAUUGUAUAUCAGAGAGCCUUCUGAAAGAGCAGAUAGCUUAGCUAUAGAUGAGACACAAGACAAUUCCGGAGUUAACGUAAGAAGAAAGAGAGAAGGAGAAGAAUAUGAAGAAAACGAAUAUGCUGGAGAUUACGAAGAGCUGGUCGACGAUUCAAAUUCCUUCGACGAAAUGAAAGAUAAUACCCCAGCGGCUGAAGAUAAGCCCAACUGUAAGUGUGACAAGAAUGGUAACAAUUGCAAAUGUCGUAAGCAAGUUACGGAUGCUGAUUAUUCCAACUUCAUUGUCAACCCAGAGCGUGUGAUUAGAUCUGCAAUCGCGUCUAAUCAGCACUGCCACUGCGAUAAGAAUCGUAAUUGUAAAUGUGGAACGCAAGAAGCCGAGCCAGAUUGGACAGGUUCGAGGAGGUUAGGACGAGAUGGUGAUAAGGUCCUAAGUAAAAUCACGACUUCAUUCACAAGGUUCGUUAGAGGAAGGCCAAUACCAGCUGAUCAAGAGAGAGGCAAGAAUGCACGUCCCCAAAUUUAAAAGCGGCGAGUAUUUCGUCGACCUCCAUCCAACCGUGUACAAACUCACCCCGGAUGACUCAGCAGGUAGAAACAAGGUAGAACUGAUCAACAAGGAAAGAGAAAACUCGUCAGGCUCGCUUGAAGAAGAACAGGAAAUAACCAAUCAGGAUCAACAAUCCAAUUCUGUCAAAGACGAACCUUUGCACUCCAGAAUUAGAAGAACAGCCGAAGAUUCAGACGACGACCAGAGGCAAUUGAUUGACAUGUCUGAAGAGGAAAUCUUCGGAGCAUUGCCUCAAAGCUUUGAGGGAGAGCUCCAGAGAUAUAAGAGGAUUAGGAGGUAGAAUACAUUGGUUCAGUUUAUGAUAAUUGGUUCCCUGUCUGUGUCUCCACUUCCUGUUAGCAGUUACCGUGCAGUGUCCAUCAUAGAAAUUGUGCAUUAUCCUAGAAACAUGAAUGAAGCUCUAAACUUAGCGUAUCUGUCUAGUAUGUCACAAAGUGUUCCGGUUGACAACAAAUGUGUAUGCAAAGCUUACUUAUAGAAUGUAAAAAGUAAAUGCAUUCUGUUUGAAUAUAAUAAUUUUACACCUGUA